AUGCAUUGCGCUAACUAAUGUUAGUAUACAAGCAACUUCUUUUUCUUUGCUUAAUUGGCUUAUAGCAGGGCCAUUCCCAUCUGAAAGUAAGGUCUUAUCGCAGAGGAUGUCACCACAGGAAUGUUAUGUGAGUGAGGAGAGGUAGUCUUGCCUACGUUUAAGGACAAAUCUGGCUUAAUAAGGUCGGUCUACCAACAGAGCACUGAGACAGGACAGGACAUCCCAUCGAAGACACAGGGUCUAAAGAAAUAGACCAAAAUAUUGGGCAGGAAUGCCUGCAGGUCCAUAUCACCUGAAAUCUAGAAAACUCAGCCCCUCUACCCCGCACAAUACGGUUUAUGAUUUCAAUGCAAAUGUGAGCAGCAACAUUGUCCCUUUUGUUCCAUUUGGGAGAGUGAAACUGAGCCCGACAAAAAACAGCCAUUUUGAUAAGGAGGGGAAGUAAACCCACACUGUAAUCAUAGGGUGAACCAAUUUCUUUCACAAUGCUCCCAUUUAUUAAAGAUAAGACAAUGGCUUUAUUUACAUUCUAGUCUAAGAACAAGAUAAGGGAAAAUACUUUUAAGACAGUCUUAUAGCAUAGACUUAAAGUACUUCCUAUUUACGUCAGAGUGUUGUACAAACAAACAUAGCCUCCAAUAGCUGUAUUGUGAUAGUCAAUCUGUUCACUUGUGCACUCGUCUAUAACCAAGUCAAGUGCCUGUGUGUGGAACUUCCUGUGCUGAUAGAAACUUGUCUAACUUUGAUCCCUAAAUCUGUCAGCCAAUCAAAGACAAAAGAUAACGGAUUCUCACUUUUUGUCAUCAAUCUUCAAUGGCAGACAGAAACAAGAGAUAAUUUACUAUGAACUUCAGAGCCCUGCUGCUGGUGUUGGAAACCAGAUGAAACAAUAUUAAGCGACUUUUUCUAUAGGUCAAUGGAAGUUUGUUUAAAAAUAUAUUGAUUAUUAAAACCAAUGCAAUUCAGCUUAUGCUUUCAUCAGGGUAUUUGGGUUGGAAACUAGCCAAUAGUGCUUGUAUACAGUAGGCUACCACAGAUGUUCCUAGGCAGCUCUCUCUCAGGGUUAGCAUUAAGACACAGAGGUUAACGCUCCAUAGAGAGCUAAAUAUUUCUGUUGACCUGAAAAUAAUUGUACACUGGUAGACACCUGUUGAACGAACACAUGAGUUAAUGUUAUUCCCAAUUCCUCCACUUGUAAUUAUUAACUUGUCUAUUCUUAACCUGUUCGUUAUCCUUUAACUAUUUAGCAUCGGUACUUUGGCCAUUUAUUGACCUUCCCCCUCAGCCCAAACAGUGGGGGAACAACCAUGGCCCAACCGUUCAAUCAUUAAUCUGUGCAGCCAAACCGUUCACAUGCCAAAGCCUUUUCUGGGGGUUGUUGAGAAGAAAGAAAAGAAAAAACAGUUGAAAACCUUCUUGGCCAAUCCCCAUGAGACUCUACCUUCUGUUGGUGGAGUGCUAUAAAGAUAGCUCUGAGAAUUCCAAAGCCGAACGCAGACAGUGAAACCCUUUUGUGUGUGAAGUUGAGACAGUUAAGAGAGUGAAGACACAUGUAGACUUGCUUACAAAGGAAGGUAAAACAACAGAAUGGCUGUGUUGGGACUAGAGAUCUUGGGGGUGAUCCUGGCUGCCCUGGGUUGGAUAUUGAGCAUCGUGUCCUGCGCCCUGCCCAUGUGGAGGGUGUCCGCUUUCAUCGGGGUCAACAUCAUCACGGCUCAGACCAUCUGGGAGGGCAUCUGGAUGACCUGUGUGGUGCAGAGCACGGGCCAGAUGCAGUGUAAGGUCUACGACUCCAUGCUAGCCCUCAGCUCCGACCUGCAGGCAGCCCGAGCCCUCACAAUCGUCUCUAUAGUUGUGGGCAUCAUGGGGGUGCUGGUGGCCGUGGUGGGGGCUAAGUGUACCAACUGUGUUGAGGACGAGACGGCCAAGGCCCAGGUGAUGAUCGCAGCGGGGGUGGCCUUCAUCGUAGCAUCCCUGACCCAGCUGAUCCCUGUGUCCUGGUCAGCUAACAGCAUCAUCAUGGAUUUCUAUAGUCCCAUCACUCCUGAGGCUCAGAAAAGGGAGAUUGGGUUGGAGUUAGUGGGGAUCGCUCUAUGCGUAUUAGGAUGGAUCAUUGCCAUCGUGUCCUGUACCCUGCCCAUGUGGCGAGUAACGGCCUUCAUCGGCAGCAACAUCGUCACGGCUCAGAUCAUCUGGGAGGGCCUGUGGAUGACCUGUGUUGUCCAGAGCACAGGCCAGAUGCAGUGUAAGGUCUAUGACUCCAUGCUGGCUCUCUCCCAAGACCUCCAGGCCGCCAGGGCCCUCACGGUCAUCUCCAUCCUCCUGGCCAUCCUGGCAGUGCUCAUCGCCAUCGCCGGUGCCAAGUGCACCAACUGCAUCGAGGACGAGGCAUCCAAAGCUAAAGUCAUGAUAAUCUCUGGGGUGUUCUUCAUUGUGUCCGGAGUCAUGCAGCUGAUCCCAGUGUCCUGGUCGGCCAACACUAUCAUCAGGGACUUUUACAACCCGCUGCUGACUGAUGCACAGCGCAGAGAGCUAGGGGCAGCGCUCUACAUUGGCUGGGGGGCCCCAGCCCUCAUGAUCCUCGGGGGAAGCCUCCUCUGCUUCUCCUGUUCCCCUCGGGAGUACAACCCCUCACAGAUGGCAUACUCUGCCCCAAGUGGGCCCGGGUUCCAGAGAAAAGACUAUGUGUGAUGGGACGAUGGAUGGGACAAGGACUAUUUAUGUAACAGCCAAAAACGUUAUUCUACACCUGUUUCUAAUGGUGUGUCUAAGAAAGGGCUUCCUGAAUCCCAAGGAGACUCCGUGAU